UUCAUCCAUAUUCCAUCCAAUAUGGUGGAUUUCUUGACUAUAUUGCAUGGUUCUCUCGACUGUCUUCCUAAAAACUGGGGAAGAUGUUCUUUAAACAUAAAGUAAACUGUCAAGAUAUCUGGAUUUUUAAAUAAUGGUGCUUUCGUAUUAUUUUGAGUAUGUAUACAUAGAAAUUUAACGUCGAAGUUUGUGUUGAUAUUUUGCAUUUUUGACCACUGUUACCUUGUAAUCAACGAUUUGUACUAUGUUUCGUAGAGUGAACUUUAAGCAACGGCUGUUAUAUAUUUUUAUUGUGCUGAGUAUUGUUGUCUUUUUUGCACUUAUAUGGUUGCUUUCUCACAACGAUUUAAAUUCCUCGAAUAGCAAAAAUAAUGGACUAGACAGCCUUAUUGUGAGGACGCUUUCGUCAGAUAAAACUUUGCCUCUGGCGUCCGUACAAAAUUGUAGAAUGCCUUUCAACGAGUGUUUUAAUAUCUAUCGAUGUGCUUACAACCGAGAAAAUAGAAUAAAUGUUUAUGUGUAUCCAUUCACGAAGUAUUUGGAUGCAUAUGGUGUGCAGAUUUCACCUGACAUUUCAAGAGAAUUUUACGACUUGGUGAAAGCAUUGAAGGAGAGUGUAUAUUACACAUCAAAUGUAGAAAAAGCAUGUCUUAUAGUUCCACCAAUAGACAUGUUGAAUCAGAGAAGACUUGAUGUUAAAAAUGUUGGUAGAAUUCUCAGUAAUUUACCCAGCUGGAUGGAAGUUGGUGGAUUGAAUCAUCUUAUCUUUAACAUGAUUCCUGGAAAUGCUCCAGAUUUUAACACAUCAUUGGAUGUGCCAAUAGAAAGAGCUAUUCUUGCUGGUGGUGGAUUUUCCUCUUUGCGUUAUCGUCUUGAGUUUGAUGUCAGUAUCCCUGUAUUUAACACCUUAACACAACUUUCUCAAAAUGAAAAUGCUUCACAGGAAGAUUAUUCAAUGAAGAUAUUUUUGCUGGCAACUCAACUUAACUAUAACAGAAAAUAUCGAUCCAUUCUUGAAGAUUUACAUGAGGAACAUGAUGAUGUUUUAGUUUUAAAGGAGUGUCUUAUCCACAAUGAUAAAAUUUAUUCAAGAUGUAAUGGAUUAACUAUCUAUAAAUAUCCUCUUAUUAUGAAGUAUGCCACAUUUUGUAUGGUUAUUCGGGGUGCAAGAUUGGGACAAUCUGCUUUGUUGGAUGCUUUAAUGAUGGGUUGUAUUCCUGUUGUUGCUGCUGAUGAUUAUGUCAUGCCAUUUUUUGAAGUUCUAGAUUGGUCCAGGGCCGCUGUCAUUAUACGAGAGGAUGAAAUUCAAAGUGUUGUCAAAAUCUUAAAAACAUACACUCAACAAGAGAUUAUUGAUAUGAAAAACCAGGAAUGGAACACUCCCAAUAUUCCUUCUCAAAGAAGUUCGUUUGUAAAACCACCAUUUGUCACCUUACCUCUUAUGUCAUCAAAAGAAAAAGGAUUUACAGCUGUCGUCUUGACGUACGAUCGCGUUCCAUUGUUAUUUCGUGUUUUGAAACAAAUCGACCGUACACAAAGUCUUGUUAAAAUUGUUGUAGUUUGGAAUAACGUGAACAAGCGUCCACCACCUGUGUCAGAAUGGCCAACAUUGACAAAACCUGUUAAGAUCAUUGAAACGAAGGCCAACAAGCUUAGCAACAGAUUUUUCCCGUACAACGAAAUCGAAACAGAAGCAGUUUUUUCACUGGAUGAUGAUAUUUUUAUGUUAACUGUUGAUGAAAUAGAGUUUGCUUUUGAGAUUUGGUCAGAACAUCCCGAUCGAUUGAUAGGUUUUCCCGGCCGCCUUCACACCUUAACUUCUGGUAAACUGAAAUAUGAAUCAGAAUGGCUUGAUGAUGUUUCGUUGGUUUUAACGGGUGCUGCGUUUUACCACAAGUUUUACAACCACUUGUUUACAUACAAGAUGCCGUCUAAAGUACGAGAAUGGGUGGAUGAACACAUUAACUGUGAAGAUAUAGCCAUGAAUUUUCUUGUUGCUAACUAUACACAUAAAGCUCCUAUCAAGGUAACUCCUCGGAAGCGAUUCAAAUGUCCAGAAUGUGUAAACGAUGAUGCUUUAGGUGUAAAUCAAACUCAUUUCAUAGAGAGAUCGAAAUGUAUUGAGGAAUUUGUACAAUUCUUUGGUUCUCUUCCCUUGGAAAGUGUCGAGUUUCGUGUGGAUCCUAUUUUACAUCUCAGUAAUGUAUCACGUUCUUUGAAGAGGUUCAAAAAUGUGGGGACAAUCUAAGUGAUCGUGGUCUUGUUGUGUAUUUUGAUGGUGUUUAUGGUUACGCCGUCUUUCAAUGCGGUACGAACGCACUUUCCCUGUGAUGAUCAAAAUACCAUUGUUCUCAUCCACAAAAUACAUCAAGAUGAAAGACACAGCGAACAGUAAGAUGAUUGCCUUUGAACAACGCAUGAUUAUGAUCCUGUAUCACGAACGUAACAGAUAUCUGUUUCUCUAUGUCUCUCUCUGUCUUCUUUACUUUUCCUCGCUUGCUUGUGUUUAAUACCUCGACUGUGUUGUCUUUAUAAAGUAUUUGUUAGGUAUCCCAUGAUACAUUGCAAUCCUGUGUCGAUCAUUAUCUGUAUCUUAAUUAACAGUUGAUAUGCGGCCGCCUUUGCCAGGCAGCCUGCAUCUUCCGACAAUUGUAUGCUAUAUUUAAAACGUUUGUUGUAGUGUUAGAGUGGCAGGUCUGAUAGAUCAUUUUAUUGAGAUAAGAGUUUUCAUCUUUUGAACGCAUUUUUUUCGUGAAGGCAACUUCACAAAAAGAAUUUUUUGUUGAUUGUAAAGAAGUGCUAAAAUACUGCCUGAUGAUAAUGUAGAUUUACAAUGUAGAUUAAAAAUGUAUAAGUUCAAUGAUCAA